CAGCUGGAAUGUAGCAUUUCGAUCCUAUCUUGCUUCUAUCAUGCAGCGUGUAUGCGGAAAGUCCCCGGCCGAUUAUGUGUGCUGAAAUUGCCGUGAACGGCGCUGCUUCCGCCAGCAACUGGCCGCAUCAGUAGAACCCAUCUCCAUCUGCUUACUUGGAAAGGUCUGGCUCACAACCGUUGUAGCAGUGAGGUCGUGAAGAAAUACGAUACGUCCUCUGUCUUCCUUGUUCAUUCCACCAAUGGACGCAGUGAGAAUUGGAAAGGGAAAGGAGUCUUGAAGAGCGGUAGACCUCUUUCAACGUGGCGAAGAAGCAGAAGAGAACUAGAGAGCGCGAGCGUCUUCUCUUCCGGCCGAAUUAAAUAUUACGUGGAGCUUUGCGGCACCAUCUCUAUCACCGACAGUCAGCCGCCACGGCGAGGAUCUACUACAGUGCGUGAGGUGUUUAGCAUCAAGGCGUCACUUGAGAGGAAGGAAUUCAUAUCGCAUGCAAGAUCCUAACCCGGUGGUGCACUAGAUUACAGGCUGGUGGUACGCUGGCACUCACACACCCAGCAAGGCAAUGCCUCAACCUAAACGCAGACCACCACCUCCGCCACCCCCUGUCAAGCCAAAGCCGCUGCCACGCACGCAGGCAUCCAGUCAGUGUGUUGAUACUGAUGACGACGAUAGUGCCAUCUACUACGAAGUACCAAGCCAAGCACAGCAGCAGCAGGCACCAACUCGACACUGCCAGAGCAUAGAUGAAGAAAGCACCGAGGCCAGUGUACGACAUAGCAUGAAGAAUUUCACCGCCAGUCCGUACGAUGUUGCUCAGAUCACACCAGGCCGGUCACAUGUCAGGCCGGUCGCAUGCGUUCGGAAGAACAGCCCAGAUAGAAGACAGCUCGUGGAUGGGAACGCAUCGUGCACUGUAACCGCCAAUCCGUACGUGGUCAUGCCCUGUUCCAGGCAAGCCUCGCUGACCGGGUCAGCCACGAGCAGCACAGAACGCGGCGAGGAGAAUUUCGUAGAGUUUCUCACACUUCAAGGCGACGGCGUGAAAAGUCACAUUGAAUGGCACGAGACGGCUCGCUGGAUAAAGUUUGAAGAGAGCUAUGAGAAGGACACGGGGCGCUGGAGUCAGCCACAUGUGUCCUCGCUCAACUACAGUGUGUUAAGUAGCCUGAGAUCUAUGUUCUCUGAUGGUGAAGCAAUGCUACUUGACAUACCUACUGGAGCUUGCUUUACGUUCCACUCCGUUGUGCUGUCUCUAUCCGACCAGCUGCAUUCCAACGGUGUAUUGACAAACAAGACGGCCAGUGAGUUCCGUGACCUGAUGAUGUCGCCGUUCAUACAUCACGAACAGCUGGCACGCCAUCACAAGCCGCUGACCGGGGUCAGUAGCUUUCUGAAGAGGAAGAUGUCGACAGGACGUUCUGCUGCAUCACCGAGUCGUCGUCGUCCUCACACCAUUGUGAGCAGGGCUGCUAGUGCGGAAACGACAAAGCCAACUCAGCGAGUUGGCAAUAGCCAUGCUCCUCUGCGCAGGAGCAGCACUGACUUUAUAGAGCACGGGAACUCAAGAUAUCCGCAGCAAGCACAGCGUGCGGCUCAGACUGCUAAGUCAGGAAUGCCAUCUGUCACCAGCAAUGGUGAUGAGAUAUUUCCACAGCCUUUCAGCACCCAGAUAUAUCCAUCCAAGGUUUGCAGUGUUGCCGAUGCUGGUGGUGAUUCAUAUGACAAUGAAGGCAAUGUGACGCCCAGUCGACGUGGCAGUGAGGCCGUUCUGCUGUACCCAGGUAUGGGGACAUGUAUCCCAUGGUCAUAUCAAGAUGUUUCGCCUGCGCAGGAUGAGGUACUGCGAACUCUACCGCCAGAUGCUGAGGGCAGCUGUGUGCUUGCUGCCGAGGUUGACUUUGUCACGCGGCCCGUUGUCUUCAUCGCCCGACUAGCCUUGCCCUACUUCAUGGGUGACUUAUUGGAAGUUCCGUUGCCCAUGCGAUCAAUUGUUGUAGUUCUGAAUCCGCGCAAGCAAACCUACACGACAUUCCCAAGUGCAAGCAGUGCUGGAAGGACCAUGGGAGCUCUCCUUGCCGAUUACCAGUUUCGACAGCGGCUUGACAUUGCCUACUCAGCAUCUGAAAUUGCAGCUUACAUUGAAGAGUAUCUUGAGACAACCGUUGUCUUGCAGCGAGGACCCUAUGGAGAUCAUCUUCUCCUCCCAGCCCUGAAGAGUUGCUCGACGAGAAGAGCUUCAAACCCAGACUGUAAUCAAGUAUCUCACAAGGCCACCAUGAAGUCAGCUCAGCAACCAAAGAAUGAGCUCGGAGCAGGUCAAGUGGAUGAUUCUCGCGUGGAUGCCGACUCGCUGGCGAGAACUGGGCGGCUGUUUGGUGGUCUGAGACAGGAUCUACAGAGGUUACGACGGCGCUUCCCCAGUGACUUCAGCGAUGCAUUGAGCGUGCAAUGCCUUAUCACAACUGUGGUGAUGUACUUUGGGCUAGUUGCGCCAUUGAUCGCAUUCGGCAGUCUGCUUGGAGAGAAGACCCAGGAAACCAUGGGCUUGGCGGAGACCCUGAUCUCGGCCAGCUUUGGUGGUGCACUGUUCAGUUUGUUUGCAGGACAGCCACUGAUGUUCAUCAGCGUGACUGGUCCCAUGGCUGUGUUUGAGGCAGCAAUAUACCGAUUCUGUCACGACAACGGCUUCGACUUCUUUGGAUUUCGCUUCUGGACUGGGCUGUGGAUAUUCGUCUUCCUAAUGGUCAUCGUGGCAACAGAUAGCAGCCACCUGAUCAAACGCUUCACCCCAUUCACAGAGGAAGUGUUCACGGCGUUGAUAGCGUUCAUCUUCAUAUAUGAGUCAACGUCGACAAUCUUCCAAGUGUUUGAAGACCAUCCACUGCGCAAAGUCUAUGAGUGCACGGCCGCCCAGUGUCUGAGUGCAUCGGAACGCUUGUCUGCCAUACAAGACAACAGCAACAUGUCCAACAUGUCCAACUGUACUACUCAACUAGUCGAAUGGGUUGGCAACAGUCUCGGCAAUGAAUCCAACAGCUCUCAGAUCCUCAACGACUCCGACCUGCUUGCACGCUCUGCUACCCAACCAAACACAGCCCUGUUCUACCUGAUGCUGGUGUUCGGAACAUUCUCACUGGCCCAUGCCCUGCGAUCGCUAAAGGCCAGCAGAUACAUGACCAAGUAUACGCGACGAUUCUUUGGCGAUAUGAGCAUCUUCCUCAGCAUCCUGGUCAUGUACUUGGUCUCACGCUAUGUGUUCCAUGAAGUUCACAAUGACAAGAUCAUUGUACCUAUAGGACUACAGCCAACACAGGCCCGAUCCUGGCUGAUAGACCCGAGUCCAGCUACCACUCCAGGCCUCGUGUUUGGGGCUGCUUUGCCUGGCCUACUGGCCGCAUUCCUCAUCUUCAUCGAGACGCAGGUAACAUGCCUGCUCUGUUCCAACUCUGAGCACCGUCUCAAGAAGACAGGUGGCUACCACUGGAACCUGACACUAACUGCUGUACUUGCUCUAGCCUGCUCAGCGUUGGGUCUGCCAUGGCUCUGUGGGCAGCCAGUUACCAGUCUUAUUCACACUAAGAGCCUGCUGCGCGUCAAUUCCAAAGUAGCGCCCGGUGAGAAACCACGCGUUGUGGGAGCUCACGAGCAGAGAGUUACCGGCAUUCUCAUCAACGUGCUUGUCGGAAUCAGCGUGACGUCGCCAGUAGCCAGUGUCCUCAGCCACAUCCCAAUGGCGGUCAUCAUGGGCAUCUUCUUCUACAUGGGAUUCUGCAAUCUACUAUCGUUGCAAUUUCUACAGCGUGUUGUGUUACUCUUCGUACCGGCCAAGCACCACCAGUCGUACUCGAACAAGUACAGUUUCAUCAAGUUUGUCUCGACCGUGCGAAUGAACGUGUUCACCAUUGUGCAGCUCUGCUGCUUUGCUGUUCUGGUUGCGUGCAAAAUGACAAAGGCCGGCAUGGUCUUUCCGUUCUUUAUCGCUCUUAUGAUUCCCGUGCGCGACUACAUUCUGACAAAAUGGCUCUCGCCUAGAGAGCUAGCUGCUCUUGAUCCCCACUAGGAAUAUCAACUGACACAGAGUCAGAGCACAAGUUGAUUAUUAUCUUGGCAGGAUAAUGCUGAACACCACUUUGCUAUUCGUUAAUUACUUGGUUUGCGCCGGAAAAUACUUGCUUGAUACCUUCUAAAUUUUGAUUAUCUUGUACAGUAAUGUUAUUAUGUCCAAAAUUCCUAAAUUACAAAUUUCAUUCCGAACCAAGAUA